AUGAUAAGAAGCUUAAAUUAUUACCUUCUAGCGAGUCAAUAUGAGCCGGGGAAUUAUUCGUUUGUUCAGGUUCAACAACGACCAGCAAUGUCUCAAAGAGAUGGAAUCGCCAAAUUUGAAAAUGAAAGAAUUAAAACAUUGCAGGAGGAGCGUAUGCACAUUCAAAAGAAAACAUUUACGAAAUGGAUGAACUCAUUUUUAUUCAAAGCCAAGAUGGAGGUGGAAGACUUAUUUGUUGAUUUAGCCGAUGGCGUUAAAUUGUUGAAACUACUUGAAAUCAUAUCCGGUGAAAAAAUCGGCAAACCAAAUGGAGGAAAAAUGCGAGUACAUAAAAUAGAAAAUGUCAAUAAAAGCUUAGCAUUUCUACAUACGAAGGUCCGCUUGGAAUCGAUUGGAGCUGAAGAUAUAGUCGAUUGUAAUCCACGCCUUAUUUUGGGUCUUAUCUGGACAAUUAUUUUACGAUUUCAAAUUCAAGAAAUCGAGAUUGAUGUGGAUGAAGAAAAUGAAACAAGUGAAAAGAAAUCAGCCAAAGAUGCUUUGUUAUUAUGGUGUCAACGAAAAACAUCUGGUUAUUCUGGCGUACAUAUUCAAGACUUUUCUUCAUCAUGGAGGUCUGGUUUAGGAUUCAACGCUUUAAUUCACUCUCAUCGACCAGAUUUGUUCGACUAUUCCUCACUACAAGCUGGAAGAAACAUCGAAAAUUUGAAUCAUGCCUUUGAAAUCGCUGAACGUCAUUUGGGUAUUCCAAAAUUACUUGAUGCUGAGGACAUUGACCAGCCUCGUAUUGACGAAAAAUCUGUUCUUACAUAUGUUGCGUCAUAUUAUCACACUUUUGCCAGAAUGAAGAGCGAACAAAAGGGUGGAAAGAGAAUUGCAAAUAUUGUUAGCAAAAUGAUGGAUGCUGAUAAUAAGAAAGACCAAUAUGAGCAAUUAACAUCAGAUUUAUUGCAAUGGGUUAGAAUGAAGACUAAGGAAUUAGAGAAGAGAGAUUUUCCAAAUUUGUUAGAAGGAAUCCAACAAGAAUUGUUGAGCUUUAAACAAUAUCGUACGAUUGAGAAACCACCAAAAUACAAGGAACGUAGUGAAAUUGAAGCUCUGUUUUUCCAUGUUAACACAUUGUUGAAGUCAUUAAAUCAACCAUCAUACAUUCCACCAGAGGGAAAACUUGUAAAAGAUAUUGAAAAGGCAUGGCAGAAAUUGGAAUAUGCUGAACAUAAUCGUGAAGUGGCAUUAAGAAACGAACUUUUACGACAAGAAAAACUCGAGCAAUUGAAUUAUAAAUUCGAAAAGAAGUCUGUUUUGCGUGAAAACUAUUUGAAGGAGAUGAUUCAAGUGCUGUCGGAUUCCAGAUAUGGUGCCAAUCUUAGACAAAUUGAUGCAACUGUAAAGAAACAUGAAGCAAUUAGUGCCGAUAUUCUUGCUCGUACUGAAAGAUUCAAUGACUUGACAGAAAUGUGUGAAGAACUGCAAAGAGAAAAUUAUCAUGGAAAAUUGCGCGUUAAAGCAAGAGAACAAGAAGUAAUUGAUCGAUGGAAUGAACUUCUUAAACUCUUGGAUCAUCAUAAGAGCAAUUUAAAUCAAAUGUGCAGUUUAAUGAAUCUAUUAAGAGAAAUAGAUACUACGCUUGAGGCGAUUAAAUCAUUACAAAUUCAAUUUGAGUCUGAAGAUGUUGGACCUCAUUUAUUGGGCGUAGAAGAAUUACUUCAAGCUCAUUCGCUUCAAGAGUUGCAGCUUACUUCCCUUGGUGAGACUAAAAAGAAAUACAUUCGUCAAGCAGAAAAUUAUAAAAAGUUGAACAAAGAAUCAGAUUUGAUCAAUCAGAAAAUCGAUAUGCUGGAAAAAAUGUAUCAGAACCUCGAACAGUUGGCAAAGAGUAGAAGAAUUUGCUUGGAAGAGGCCAGAGAUUUUUAUCAUUUCUUAGAAGAUCACGAUAAUGAAGAAGGAUGGCUAGUCGAGAAACAAAGAAUUUGCAAAACAGCUAUAACAGCAAAAGAUUUACGCGCAGUCUUGUCAUUACAACAAAAGCAUAAAAGUCUAGAAGAUGAAAUGAAAGUAAGAAAACCAAAAUCAUCUCAUCUUAAAGAUAUUGGAAAUAAACUAAUUUCUGAGGAACAUCCUCGGGCAAAUGAAGUAACAUAUCGGAUGGAUUCGCUUGACGCACAUUGGAAGGCACUUGAGGAGCUUGUGGAAUUAAGAAGGCGGCAAUUAGAAGAUGCUGCUGAAGCUUAUCAAUUUAAUACGGAUGCAAAUGAAGCUGAUUCAUGGCUUAAUGAAAAACAUGCUUUGGUAGCAUCAAAAGACUUUGGUGUUGAUGAACCAUCUGCACAAGCAUUAUUACAACGACAUCGUGAUUUGCAAGGUGAACUGAAUGCGUAUUCUGGUGACAUCAUGAACUUAAAUCAGCAAGCAGAAAAAUUGAUUAAAGCUGGAAUAUGUAAUUUAGAAUUAACACAAGAGCCUGAACAAAUUCAAGAAAUUGAUCAAGAAGAAUGGGUCAAUGAAGUUCGUUUAGUUCCGCAAGAAAUUUUUGAAGAAGAAAUUGUUGAAAGAAAUGAGCCAAGAACUGUCACUGAAAUGAAAUUACUUCCACAUGUUCGUGCAAUGUAUCCUUUUGAAGGUCAAGGCAUGAAAAUGAUCAAAGGGGAAACAAUGGUACUUUUAAAUAAAACAAAUCCAGAUUGGUGGUCCGUUCGAAAGAAUGAUGGAGUUGAGGGAUUUGUGCCAGCAAAUUAUGUUAAGGAAAUUGAGCCACAAAAAGUUCCGUGCAUAGUUCGAAAAAUGGAAAAAGUUAAAGUUGUUCAAAAAGUUAAGAAAACAAUAUUAGUGAAACAAAAUAUUCCAGUGAAAAGAAUAAAGCCUGCUCAAGUGUCGCAAAUUAAAUCUCUCGUUAAAAGACGUGGAGAUGGCGAUGUAGCACAGGAUAACAAUAGUGUAGAGAAACGUAUCAAGAAAAUAAAUUUAAUGUAUGAUGAAAUUCAAGACAUGGCAGUACAAAGACAUGCUCUAUUGGAAGAUUCCAUAUGCUUGUUUGGAUUCUUUAGGGAGUGUGAUGAUUUUGAAAAAUGGAUCAACGAUAAAGAAAAACUACUUCGAACAAACGACUUGAAAGAUAGUGUAGAAACAGAAAAGAGAAAAUUCGAAAACUUCUUAACUGAUUUAUCAGCUUCAUCAAAACGAAUCGAAGCUAUUGAUGCAGCAGUCGAUGAUUUUACCCGACAAGGUCAUUCACGUUUGGAUAAAAUUAAAGCUCGUCAGAGGCAAAUACAUCAAAAAUGGGAUAAUCUGAAUAAAUUAAAAGUGCAAAAAGAAAAGAACUUGGAAGGUGCAUCAAGUGUUGAACUUUUUAAUAGAACAUGCGAUGAGGCUAAAGAUUGGAUGCAUGAAAAAAUGAAUCAGCUAGACAGCGCUGAAAUUGGACCUGAUUUAAAAACAGUUCAGGCUUUACAAAGAAGACAUCAAAAUUUGGAAAGAGAACUGGAGCCAUUAAAGGAAAAAGUUUCACGUGUAAACUUGCUUGGAAACUCCGUUAAGCAUUCUUAUCCUUCGGAAACCGACAAUGUUGCAAAAUCACAACAAGAAAUCAAACAAAUGUGGGAAAAAGUUCAAGCAAAAGCAAUUGAAAGACGUUCCCGUUUAGAAAAUGCUGUUGGAGAACAAAUUUUCACAAAUAGUGCGAAAAUGCUUUUUGGAUGGAUUAAUUCCAUAAAAGAUCAAUUGAAUUCAGAUGAGAAGUGUACUGAUGUUGAAACUGCAAACAAUUUAUUAAAGAAACAUCAAGAUUUGAAUGAAGAAGUUAAAACAAAAGAUUUUGAAUUUGAAGAACUGAUUGGACUUGGAAAACAAUUGACUCGUAGAAAUCCAAAUUUGACAGAAAUUCCAUCAACAAUUGAUCAACUACAAGCUGAGCAAUCAAAUAUUAAACGUGGAUGGGAAGAAAAGGAAAAAUGGCUUCGACAAUGUGUUGAGCUUCAACUUUUUAAUCGUGAAGCCGAUAAAAUCGAUGCAACGACCAAAGCACAUGAAGCCUUUUUGGAUUACAAAAAUUUUGGAAAUUCUAUUGAUGAAGUUGAAGCCAUUCUUAAACGCCAUUAUGAUUUUGAAAACACAUUGGGUGCACAAGAUAAAGUUGUUAAGGCAUUCUCAGACAAUGCUGACAAGCUUAUCGAACACAAUCAUUAUGAUUCACCUUACAUUAAAGACAGACGUGAUCAAGUCUUAGGCCGACGUCAAAAAGUCAAAGACUUAUCAGCUAAGAAACAAAAUGUACUUCAAGCUUCUGAAGAUUUUCAUAAAUUCGCUGCAGACUACAAUGAUAUCAAUGGUUGGCUAAAUGACAAGAUGAGAAUAGCCAAUGACGAGUCGUAUAAAGAUCUUUCAAAUUUAUCGAGAAAAUUGCAAAAACAUAAAGCAUUUGAACGAGAAGUAAGAGCUAACGAAGGUCAAUUAAGAACAAUCAAUAAGCAAGGUGAAAAUCUAAUUAAGCAAAAUAACAGGAAAGAUGAGGUAGCUGAGAUGUUGGAACAAUUAAAUGAAAAAUGGAAUGAUUUAAAGAAUAUUUCGUUUGAAAAAGGUCAAAGACUUGAACAAGCAUUAUUGCAACGUGAACACAAUAGGAACAUUGAUGAUGCUAAAAAUAAGUUAAAGGAAUUUGAAGAUGCAUUGUUAUCUAAACAAGUAGGUAAUGAUUUGCGUAGUUGUCGUGAUCUGAUGAACAAACAUCAGAUGCUUGAAGCAGAUAUUUGUGUAUGGGAGCAAAAGAUUCACGAAUUAGUCCAAACAGGUGAAGAAAUGGCACAAGAAGGACAUUUUGAUGGUUCAAAUAUCAAAACAGAAACAAAAGACCUGCAGGAUCAAUUUAAAAACUUAAAAGAUCCCAUUGCAAAUAGACGUUCAGCAUUGGAUGAAAGUUUAAAACUACACAAAUUCAUUUUUGAAGUUGAAACUGAACUUCAAUGGAUAAAUGAACGUCUUCCAUUAGCAACAUCAAAUGCUAUGGGUCAAAACUUGUAUCAAGCUCAAAGCAUGGAUAAGAAACACAAAAAAUUACAAGCUGAAAUAAUUGGUCAUCAGUCAAUGAUAACGAAAACUUUACAAAGUGGCAAUGAUUUGGUAGAACAAAAUCAUCCAGAAAAGGAAAAAGUUGAAAUAUCUUGCGACGAAUUGAGCGAGGCAUGGAAAAAUCUUCAAGAAAAAACUGAUGAAAGGGGUAAAAAAUUGGAUCUUUCGUUGAAAGCACAACAGUAUAUAUUUGAUGCAGCUGAAAUUGAGACAUGGUUAAGUGAGAAGCAUAACAUUUUAAAAUCUACAGAAUAUGGUCGAGAUAGAGAUUCAGCAACAAAACUUUUGACUAAGCAUAAGGCAAUUGAGUUAGAAGUAGAUACUUACACAGCCAUCAUCAAUGAAAUGGGUCAUACAGCUUCAGCGAUGAUUGUAGCUAACCAUCCCGAUAGUAAAGCUAUUGUGGGAAAACAACAAAUCAUUGAAAAGAUGCUUAAGUCCCUACAAAAGCUUCUAGCUCAACGGCAAUCGAAAUUAAUGGAAAGUUUGUACAGGCACGAAUAUUUUGCCGAAUCUGCUGAGCUAGAAAAUUGGAUGAAGGAGCAAGAAGUUGCUGUUUUGUCUGAAGAUUAUGGCCAAGAUUAUGAACACUUAUUGAUUUUGAAAAACAAAUUCGACGAUUUGAAACACCGCAUUGAGUUGGGUGCAGAACGCUUUAAUCAAUGCGAAGACUACGCUAAGAAAUUGAUAAACAAUAACAGUCCAUAUGUUGAUGAUAUUGACGGUCGACAAGAACAAUUGAGACGUAAUAGGGAAUCUUUUUCUCGCAAUGCAUUAGAUGUGUUGGAUAAGCAUGAACGAUUACGAGCUUCCUGGGAUAAUUUACUGAAACAACUAUCUCAAAGAGAACAAAGGUUAUUUGCUGCUGGAGAAAUUCACAGAUUCCAUCGUGAUGUCGCUGAAGCUUUAUUCAGAAUUCAAGACAAAAAUGCGGUGCUUUCAUCCGAAUUGGGAAAAGACUUGAAUUCUGCGUUAGCAUUGUAUAGAAAACAUGAAGGAUUCGAAAAUGAUUUAGUAGCAUUGGAAGCUCAAUUGCAAGUUUUGGUAGAGGAUUCAGUAAGACUUCAAGCUAAAUAUCCUGGUGAUAAUGCGGCAGCAAUUGCACAGCAACAAAAUACAGUUGUUGAAGCAUGGAAUAAUUUGAAGGAAAAUUCAGCACAUCGCAGUGAUCAAUUGGCAGCUAGUUGUGAUCUCCAAACAUUCUUAACACAAGUAAGAGACUUAAUGCUAUGGGCAAGUAACUUAAGAGCAACAUUACAAGCUGAAGAACAUGUGAGUGAUGCUGCAGGUGCAACAGCAUUAAAAUUACAACAUGAUUCAAUUUAUGGGGAAAUUGAAGCGCGAGAAGAAAAGUUCCGUGCUUUAAGUGAGCUUAGUGACUCUAUGGUACAAACUGGUCACUAUGCUGCAGUUGAAGUUGAAGAAAAAUGUACAGCUUUACUCGACGAAAGACAGAAAUUGCACAAUGCAUGGAAUAAUAAGAAAAUUUUAUUGGAACAAAAGAUUGAUCUGUUCUGUUUCUUACGUGAUGCAAAGCAAAUCGAUAACAUAUCAAGUAUUCAAGAGGCAGCUCUAACAUCAAGUGAUGUUGGUAUCUCUGUUGAAGAUGUCCAAGACAAUAUUAAACGUCACGAUGAACUUGAAAAAUUGAUUCAACAACAAGAUGAAAAAGUAUCCACACUUCAAGAUCAUGGCAGCAAAUUAAUCGGUCAAAACCACUUUGACAGUCCAAAUAUUAAGAAACGAUUGUUGGAGGUUGUAGAUAAACGAGCAAAAAUAAAGAAAUUAAGUCAAAUAAGAAGGCACAAGUUGACAAGCUCAUUGCUUUACACUCAAUUUGUGAGAGAUGUUGCUGAAACUGAAAAUUGGAUUCAUGAUAAACAAAAGAACAUAGAGUCAAAUGUCAAUUCGUUUGCUGAUGUCAGCAAUAUCGAAGAAAAAGUUAAGAAACUUCAAAAAUAUCAAGCGUUCAGAGCUGAGAUAUCUGCAAAUCAAGGACGAAUUGAUGAAAUUAUUAAGAUGGGAGACAUAUUGAUCAACAAUAGUCCAGAGUUGACGAAAGAGGUUAAAGAAGCCAUUAAAAAGUUAUUAGAUUCAUGGAAUAAUUUGAUGGCUGAUGUAGAAGCUGAAGGUAAAGGUUUAGAAGAAGCACAAGAUAUUCUUGAAUUUAACAACCAACUUGAAAAAAUUGAAGCAUGGAUUAGAGAUAAAGAGCUUAUGGUGCAAGCAAGUGAUACAGGAAGAGAUUUAGAACAUUGUAGUGCAUUGCAAAGAAAACUUGAUGAUACUAGUUCAGGAGUAGACGAGCAUAGAAUUAAAUCAAUAAAUGUUUUAGCUGAUAAGCUAAUGAGUCAAGAAAAAUCACCUAACGAAAAUAAAAAUGUUGAUAAGAAACGAAACAAUUUCAAUUCACGUUGGCGUCAACUCCAAGGAGCGCUUGCUGAAUAUAGAAAUCUUUUAAAUGGAGCAUACGAAAUUCAUCUUUUCAAUCGAGAUGUUGACGAUACUAAGGAAAGAAUUGCCGAAAAAGCACUUAUAAUGUCAAGUGAUGAUUACGGACGAGAUCUUUUUGCAGUUGAAACACUCAGAAGAAAACAAGAUGCUCUGGAACGUGAUAUGACUGCCGUUAAACAAAAAAUCUUUGAUUUAGAAAAUGAAGCAACUCAAUUAAUGAGAAAAUAUCCAGAAAGAGCUGAAGAAAUUAACAAUAAGCUUUUGGAAAUUAAAGAUUGUUGGGACAAUUUGGAAUCGUUGAGUGUAAAACGAAGGCAACAUUUGGAAAAUGGAUAUCAUGUUAAUAAAUUCCUUAGCAGCGUUGACGAAAUUCAACAAUGGGCAAAUGACAUUAUGAAUAAAAUGAAGGCAAUGGUUUAUCCUAACACGAUCCAAGAAUGUGCUAUUCAAAUUGAGUUACAUAAUGAAAGAAAAACGGAGAUAGAUGGUCGUCAAGAAAUAUUUAGUAAACUUCUUCAACAAGCAAAAGAAUUGCUUGAUGUCAAAGGAAUUAAUUGUAAGGAUAUCGAAGACGCACAAAAGUCUAUUGAAGAAAUUCGUUUAAAUGUUACUGAAACAUGGGAAUCGAAAUCCAAGUGGCUCAAUGAUAUUCAUCAACUUCAACUUUUCAAAGAAUUGGCAGCUCAAAAGGAAUCUUGGAUUGCAAACAAAGAAGCAUUCAUUAACAAUGAUGAUUUAGGAGAUUCAUAUACUUCUGUUGAUAAGCUUAUUAAGAAACAUGAAGCAUUUGAAAAACUGCUUUUUUCAAGUUCCAGCGAAAUUAUUGAUGAAUUGCAAGAUGCUGCUAAUAAAGUUAUAAUUCAAGAGCCCGAUUCAAACGAAAUAGAAGUCAUUAAUACGCGUUUAGAUGGAAUUAAAAUUAGAAUGGACAAAUUAAAAUCGCAAUCCAAUCAAAGAAGUAAAAAAUUGCAAGAAUCAUUAGCACUUCAACAGUUCCUAAGAAAUCUUUAUGAAGUUGAGAGAUGGUUGAACCAAAAAUUGCAAGUUGCCCUUGACGAGUGCUACAAAGAACCUAGCAACUUACAGAGUAAAAUUCAAAAACAUGCAGUUUUCGAUGCUGAACUAAUGGCAAAUUCAACAAGAAUUUCCUCUAUAAUAACUGAAGGUGAAUGCUUAAUAGAUGCAGAACAUUUUGCAUCUAACGAAAUACAACAGCAAUUAGAAUUAAUCGAAUCGGAAUGGAGUAAAUUACAAGAAGCUUCACGUUAUAAAAAAAUUCGUCUAGUUCAAGCAUAUGAUGCUCUUCUCUUUUUACGUUCGCUUGAUGAAUUGAAUGGGUGGAUGGAUGAAAUUGAAACACACCUCUCAACCGAAGAUUAUGGAAAAGAUUUGGCUUCUGUAAACAACAUGAUUAAAAAGCAUCAGAAUUUGGAAGCAGAUGUUGCUCAUCAUAUGGAAAUUAUCGAACAAAUUACAAAGCAAGACGAAAACUUUUUAAAUUCCGAUCAUUUCUUGAAAGAUGAGUUGCAUGAAAAAGCAAUGAACACAGUAAGAAGAUAUCAUUCUCUUCAUGAGCCAAUGUCAAUAAGAAGUGAUAAUUUAGAAGACUCCCAAUUGCUUCAUCAAUUCUUGCGCGACGCAGACGAUGAAUUGCAAUGGUUAUCCGAAAAAGAGCAUGUACUUGCAUCUAACGAUUUGGGAAAAAAUUUAAUUGCAGUCCAAAUUCUUCAGAAAAAACAUCAAUCUUUAGAAUCAGAAAUUUCAUCACAAGAACCUAUAAUUUCAUCCCUUGCUCAUCGCGGUCAUCAAAUGAUUCAAAAUGGACAUUUUGCAAGUGAGGAAAUUGAAAAAUGUUAUCGUUUAGUACAAACAAAAUUGGCAGCUAUUCGAGAUCUUGCCAGCGUACGCAGAUUGCGACUUUCUGAUGCAAUAGAUUCACAAAUAUUUUAUUCUGAGGUGAACGAAGUUGAAUCAUGGAUAAAUGAAAAGAAACCAAUCUUAACAUCAUCAGAUUUCGGUAAAGAUGAAGAUGCAGUGUUAUCACAGCAAAAGAAAUUUGAUGCUCUUCAAAGAGAAAUGGUUGCAUUUGAGUUUUCUAUUGUCAAAGUCGCUCAACUUGGAAAGAAUUUAAUAGAUCGUGGACAUUUUGAUAAAGAGCAAAUUAAUUCAAAGUGUGAAAGAGUCCAAACUGAAUAUGAUAAAAUGAAAGAACAUUCAAAAAUACGAGAAAAGCACCUGAUAGAUCAAUUAAGAUAUUUAUCAUUCAUGAGAGAAGUAGAAGAUUUACAAGAAUGGAUUGCCGAACAAAUGGCUAUUGCAUCAUCUGAAGAAUAUGGUACGGAUGUUGAGCACAUUGAACAAUUGAUUAUCACCUUUGAUUCAUUUAUUUCAACGAUUCAUGCCAACGAACCAAAAAUACAACAAUGUAUUGCACGCGGAGAAGAGCUUAUUGAACAACGAAAUUAUCACGAAAAGAUAAUCAAAGUUAAAAAUACAGAAACUGUUCAACUGUGGACGGAAUUAAAGGAAUUGAUAAGUGCUCGUCAAGAAGCUCUUACUGGUGCCAAGAGAGUUCAUGUGUACGAUAGAACAGCAGACGAAACAAUUUCUUGGAUUAAUGAAAAAUUGGGAGAUGUUCUUAGUGAAGACUAUGGACAAGAUUUAGAGUCUAUUCAAGCUUUAUUAAGAAAACAUGAAGGAUUCGAGACUGAAAUUGCAGCCGUUCGCGAACAAGUUGAUCAAGUACAAAGUGAGGCAAAGAAAUUAGUUGAAACUUUCCCAGAUGCAAAAGAUCAUAUUGAAGUGAAAAAGGAAGAAAUUGUUGAAGCUUGGACCGAACUUGCUGAAAAAUCACAGCAACGCAAAGAAAAACUAGCACAAGCAGAACAGUUGCAAGUAUACUUUGAUGAAUAUCGUGAACUUCUGGCUUGGAUAAAUGAAAUGUUGGCAAAAAUAACUGCACCAGAACUAGCAAAGGAUGUAAAGGGUGCUGAGCUUUUAAUUGCCAGAAUUAAGGAACAUCAAACUGAAAUAGACGCUCGUAAUGAAGCAUUUAAUAAGUUCUACAAAGCAGGAGAAAAACUCAUUAUGGAAGAACACUUUUUGGCUAGUGAAGUUGAGGACAAAAUUAAAAUUUUAGAACAAAGAAAGAAAUUACUAAACAACACAUUGAUCAACAGAAAGAACAUUUAUGAACUUAAUUUAGAUACACGACUUUUCUUGAGAGAUGUUAAUAUGCUUGAGCACUGGAUGGAUGCCCGUGAAAUACAGCUAAAGGAUAAAAAUUUGGGUGAAAGUAUUUUACAUGUAGAAGAGUUGAUAAGAAAGCAUGAGGACUUUGAAAAAACAAUUAUUGCACAAGAAGAUAAAUUUAAUAUAAUAAAACGAAUAACAAUGCUGGAACAGCUGUUUAAAAAGCAACGUGAAGAAGAAGAGUCAGCCAGACUUGCAGAAAAGGAAAGAGUAGAGAAGGAGAGAAUUGAAGCAAUGAAACAAAAAGAAGUUAAACGUAUUACAGAUGAGAGAAGAAGAAAUGAACAUCAGCCCCAAAUAAGUGGUCAUGAAAAGCCACAAAUCAUCACUUCUGGUAUUAAACCAAGUUCCUCAUCCGAUUCACUUAAUCAAGUUCAGAAAUCAAAUUCGUUUAUCAACAUGUUUGGAGAUCGUCUUCGACGUGGUUCAGAAGGAAAUGCAAAGCGAGCAGAAAGCAUGAAAGUUAAUGUGAAAAAUCCAAAACGUACACCAUCAUUCACAACAAGAAAAAGACAAACAAGUUUUAGAAAAGGUGAAAAUGCAGAUCAAUAUGAUUUACCUCCAGUCGAAAUUCAAGGAAUAUUAGAGCGAAAACAUGAUUUACAGUCAGGAGGAAAAAGAGCUCCUGUUAGAAGCUGGAAACCGUUUUAUACAGUUCUCUGUGGACAACUUUUAUGCUUCUUUAAAGACGAAGAUGACUUCCAUGUCAGAAAAGCAUCAGCACCCCCUGUAAAUAUAUUGAAUGCUCGUUGUGAGAAAGCAGAUGAUUAUACCAAAAAGAGGAAUGUAUUUCGCCUUAACUUACCUGACGGUUCCGAGUUUUUGUUCUUAGCAACAUCUACAGAUGAUAUGAAUGAUUGGGUUAAUAAAAUCGCUUUUCAUGCAAACUUACCUCCCAAUCUACAGCUUAUGAGUUUCGACGAAUCAAUGAAGCAUGCUGAUCAAUCUCCGAAAAAUAACAGCGAACAUGAUGGAUCGUCUGUAAGCUCAAGAACAUCAUCACCUGACCCAAAUCAAAAAAGAGACACAUUGCAUCUUACACCGCAAAUGAACUUCCUUCAACAACAACGGGAGAUUCGCGAACGAGAAACUAGAGCUCGAAAUAUACCACCACCUCAUUCUCCUACUGGAUUUUAUGACAAACCACCAAUUCCACCAAGAGCAUCAAACAAUCAUCGUCAAUCAAAUGAAAAAGUUGACGUUCAAUUAAGACAGAAAGUUGUAGAAGAGGACUAUUACAACAAUGCACCAUCAAACAGACCUUAUUCUUUACAACCACAGCCAGUCCAACAAACCGCAUCACCCCAAAAUGGAAACAAACAUGGUAAUGAAAUUCAAGAUGUACUGAUGAAGAAUAGUGAUAUGAGAAGUCCAGAACCAUCCAUUCCAUUAUUUUUGUCGAAUCCGCCACAAGUUGCACGAAGAUUACCCGUUUUGACAUUUCAUCAGCAUCACCAAACAAUUCCUCAUCCGCACCCGACAUUCAGUACAUUUUAUUCUCCGACACACAUGGAAAAUCAUCAUCAUAACCAUCAACAAUUUUCCAAUCCUUAUCAGCAGCAGCAACAGCAGCAUAUUCACGAAAUCAAUCAGCCUUUACCUAUCCGAAAUUCUCCAAUUCAUCCACGAAUGGGAGUCCCAAAUAUAAUGCAUAAUUCAAAUUGGAGCGAGCAAAUUUCUAUACAAAUGCGAAAUAACAAUUACGGAAAUGGAAAUAAAAGCAAUGAAUAUGGCUGGGGUAUGGGAAGAUUUGAAGGAAACAGACCAACUUCAAUGCCACCACCAUCAUCACAACAAGCAUUUGACAAUUCAGCUACACUUUCAGUGUCAAGUCGAAUGUCAGCAGAAAGCUCAAGUGAGAGUGAAGCUAGUGGAAUCAUCCAAAAGAAAGAUAAUAAAGAAAAGGACAAGAAAGGAGUCUUCCGAAUAUUUUCAAAGAAGAAAUCUAAAAAUAAUCCUUAAGAAUUAAAUAUGAAAUGUAUUUUAUAUGCCUUAUAUAUUUUUGUUAAAUGGUUUUACACCCUAUUAUUUUUUUUAUUUUAUUAUUUUGGAAGAAACUUAAGUUUCUUAUGCAAAGCAUAUUUUAAGUCCUUUUCAAAACAUAACAAAUAUAUCCAAUGCUUUAAUCAUCAUGCUUCAAAUUAAGAUAAAAUUAUAUAUAAAAGUUGUAACCAAUAAAUAAAACAUAUGA